AUACAUCGUGUGUUGGAACUCUGUGUAUCGUAGAUCUUUGAACUGCUGUAAAACAGAAAGGUCUUUGCCGACCGUAGGGGAUGGUUGUUGGUGGGGAGUUACAAAGUUUGUCAAUAGUUGAAAAACUGCCCAAGAAUGUCAGAAAAGUUGGACCACUUGAAAUGGGUAAAUCUCGGAUUGAGAGUUGGAGGAGCCAUAAUUUUCCACCCAGUGGAAUAUGCAAAAGUCCUUAUUCAGAUUGGUUAUGAACCUAUGAAACCGUAUCCAACGAAGACCCUGUUCGGAAAGCCUGCUCUUGCUCUUCCAAAUGUGCUUCAAUAUGUGUCUUACAUCAAGACAAUUGAUGGUGUCUCUGGAUGUUUUAGAGGUAUAUCUCCAAGGCUCAGUGGAAUUAUUGUUAACGGUCUUGUCUAUUCACAAGCAUCUACUUAUUUAGGAGGAGACAAAUAUCUUGAGGAAUGUGAUGAGAGUAGACUCUCGGAGCAGGAAAGGGUUUCACGACUUGUUAAUAAACUGACUAUUGACAUAACAGCUCGCACAGCUGGAAUUAUUGCAAGCCAGCCACUGGCUGUGAUAACAUAUCGGAUGAUGGCGCAAUUUAUUGGUGGUGAGGACAAAUAUAGUAACAUCUUCAGUUCAAUUGUCGAAAUAUAUAGGGAGAAUGGUAUUGGUGGCUACUUUAGUGGUCUAAUUCCAAGAUUAUUAGGAGAAUUAUCAGCUGCAAUCCUUGUAGCCACACUGGAGUACGCAAUUAAGAACUUUUUCACUGCUGAAAAUGAUAAGCAUCGUUUUGUAUCAUCUUUAGCAUCAUUCUUCGUCUCUUCGCUGACUCAUCCUUUUGUCGUAGUGAGCACAUGUAUGGCUGUUGUGGACUCUGGGUUAGCAGCUGGGAGGCCACCACACAUGCCAUUGUACACAUCGUGGAUUUGUUGCUGGUCUCAUCUGAGUAGAGCUAAACAGCUUAAACGUGGAUCCAGCCUGGUGUUCAGAUAUUAUACAGGACCCUACUCUGUUCCCACAAAUGAUUCCCAAAAUAUUCAGAAAACUAUGUGAUGAAAUGCCUUGAGAUAAUAGUUGAAUGUCUGCCCUGGAGCAGAUCUCAUUUAUUUUAUUUUUUUUUUUUUACACUCUAAGCAAGUACAAAGAGCACAUUAGUAGUUUUGAGCAAAGGUAUUUACAUGAUGAUGUUACUCGGAGGUUGGGGAAUCAUGACAGUUAUUUAUCAUCUACCUUUGUCAUAUACAGACAUUAGUUCAGGACAAUGCAUCUUUCAAAGACACAGAUGGUGAUUGUAUUAUAUUCUGGAAGUGGUUGUGGAUCAGUACCUAUUAGUAACAGUGAAAUAUUCAUGUACUAACAGGUCUGUCAUACUGGACCAGAAACAGGUUUAUAAAGCCCUCUUUUUCAACUUCACAGUGUGCCAGAGUGUAUUACACAUGGAUUUGACUCUGAAAUGCACUGUUAAAGGUAUGUGCAUUUUGUUGUUGCAGAUACCCCGACUUCUGUAUAGUGUUGUUUUUAAGUAAAAAGUACGUAACGGGAGGACAGUUUUGUGAUCAAACCUGUUUAAUUGGUUUAUACUUUGUAAUUUGUUGGCUUUUGUGCAGGAGACUUGAAACACAUUUUAUAUAAUGAAAUACUUCUUUGUACAGUAGUUGUAAUGUUAAUGCUGUAGUACUUUUUUUUACAAAUCUGUAACAUACUAUUAUACAGAAUAAAUACAUAGUACCACAAAGAGA